CUGACAACUAUGCCCGUCACGCCACUUCCCUUGUUUGUUUUCUUUAAAAACCCCAUUUAUCGCACAUUCCCCUUCUCUCUUUCUCCUUGAUCGUCGUCUUCUUCAUCACUCUCACUUCUAACUUGUCACUGACAGUAACACCCACUCAACCACCGUUACUUUCUCUUUGCUUCUUCUUCUUCUUCUUCUUCGGCGCCAUGUCUUACGAUUACCUCUUCAAGUACAUCAUCAUCGGCGACACAGGUGUAGGGAAAUCGUGCCUGCUCCUGCAGUUCACCGACAAGAGAUUCCAACCCGUCCAUGAUCUCACCAUUGGCGUUGAGUUCGGUGCUCGCAUGGUCACCAUCGAUUCCCGACCUAUCAAGCUUCAGAUAUGGGACACUGCUGGGCAAGAGUCAUUUAGAUCCAUUACUAGAUCUUACUACAGAGGAGCAGCAGGAGCACUUCUAGUUUAUGACAUUACUAGGAGAGAGACUUUUAAUCAUUUAGCAAGUUGGCUGGAAGAUGCUCGGCAGCAUGCCAACCCUAUCAUGACAAUCAUGCUGAUAGGCAACAAGUGUGAUCUUUCUCACCGAAGGGCAGUGAGCAAAGAGGAGGGUGAGCAAUUUGCAAAGGAAAAUGGACUUCUGUUCUUGGAAGCUUCUGCUAGGACAGCUCAAAAUGUGGAAGAGGCCUUCAUAAAGACUGCUGCAAAGAUUCUCCAGAAUAUUCAAGAAGGUGUCAUUGAUGUGUCCAAUGAGUCAUUUGGUAUAAAACCAGGGUAUUUACGUCUCCAAAAUCAAAACGGUGCAAGAGAUGGAACUGUUAGUACUGGGGGUGGCUGUUGCAGCUGAUUAUGAGAAACUCUGUAAUCUUUCUGUGAAUUUAUAUCUGGAAUUCCCUAUCUGGAAUUCCCUGUGAUAAGAGAGUAAAUAUACUUCUAGACUUGCCAUGGAAUGAAACUUUUGGAUAAUACUGCAAUCUCAUGUAUAGAUCUAAUCUCAAAAACAUUUGACUAUAUAGCACAUCCACUGAUCCACUGAAUGAAUGUUUGGAAAAUACCGUCUGUGGUGUUAUUUAAUGUCAAAUGCCAUUGUGAAAUUCUUCCACUCCGGCUUUUAUA